GGUCGGCGCGGAGGCGGGGCGGAGGCACCGCGGCGGCUGUUAUUGUUCAGCUGGGCUCCGCUGGGCGCUGUCUCCCUUGGCUCACAGGGUGUCGGUUUGUCCCGCUUCCUCUCCGCCCCUCACUCCCGGCGGCUGACGACGACGGCGGCGGCUGCGGCGGGCGGGGCCUGGCGUUUCGAGGCCGAGCGGCGCCGGGGUGAGGGGCGCGGAGAAGGAGGAGGAGCAGAAACAGGAGGAGGAGCCGUGUGCCCUGGCACCGAGCGGCCGUGGCCAUGGCGUACGCCUAUCUCUUCAAGUACAUUAUCAUCGGCGACACAGGUGUUGGUAAAUCAUGCUUAUUGCUACAGUUUACAGACAAGAGGUUUCAGCCAGUACAUGACCUUACUAUUGGUGUAGAGUUCGGUGCUCGAAUGAUAACCAUUGAUGGGAAACAGAUAAAACUUCAGAUUUGGGAUACAGCAGGGCAAGAGUCCUUUCGUUCCAUCACAAGGUCAUAUUACAGAGGUGCAGCAGGGGCUUUACUAGUGUAUGAUAUUACAAGAAGAGACACAUUCAACCACUUGACAACCUGGUUAGAAGAUGCCCGCCAGCAUUCCAAUUCCAACAUGGUCAUUAUGCUUAUUGGAAAUAAAAGUGAUUUAGAAUCUAGAAGAGAAGUAAAAAAAGAAGAAGGUGAAGCUUUUGCACGAGAACAUGGACUUAUCUUCAUGGAAACUUCGGCUAAGACUGCUUCUAAUGUAGAAGAGGCAUUUAUUAAUACAGCAAAAGAAAUUUAUGAAAAAAUCCAAGAAGGAGUCUUUGACAUUAAUAAUGAGGCAAAUGGCAUUAAAAUUGGCCCUCAGCAUGCUGCUACUAACGCCACGCACGCAGGCGGUCAGGGAGGACAGCAGGCGGGGGGAGGCUGCUGCUGAGUCUGUUUCUACUGUCUUGCUGCCCAGAAGGGGCUACUCGCCUAUUCUUUCACCCUCCUGCUCAGCUGAGACGGGAGACUCUUCGAAAUGGCUUUAUGUCACAGAAGAAGACUUUAAUCCUUCAAAUUCUUGUAUAACUUUGAAUAAAUGGUUAAUGUUCACUUAAAAAGACAGAUUUUGGAGAUUGUAUUCAUAUCUAUUUGCAUUUGAUUUCUAGGUCAAUUGAUGUGAUUAUUUUUGUUAAAUGUUGUCUUGUGCCCUUACCUACGAACUGAAUUGUAUUGAACACUACAAAGUCAUCUUGAGUAUUUUAAAUCGGUUUGUGUAGUUAGGUUUCCCCACACCUGUGGUUACCUAAUGUUUAAUAUUAUAGAACUGUCCUCAAAAGUUUGUCAGUUUUCAAGGCUAUAAGGAAAACCGAAGGACUCUUUUAAUUCUGUAUUUAUCAUUUACUUUCUGUAUAUAUAGUUUAAUAACCUGCUUGGGUGUAAUUUGCCAAGCUUGAAUUCUUUAAUGCAUUUGCAUAAAUUCUAUACUGUUUAGAGCUUAAAGCUACAGAAGCAUCGUUAGGAAUUGCUUGGACACUGAAUUUUAAACUUUUUGACAUUGUUAACAAGCAUGUUCAUCUUUUUCUUGUCACUAGUCCGAGAGAAAUAUGCUUAAUGUACAUUCUAAAGGCUAUGUAUGUGUUAACCUGUUUUAAUGCCAAAAGUUUGCUGUUUGUCCACAGUUUCUUUAAGACCUCUUCAGAAAAGGAUUUGUUUGCCUUAAUGCAUACUGUUGGGUAAAAACACAGUAUAAUGAGUGAGGUGGGCGGAAGAAAGAACUCCCUCUGCCUGAGCGACUCCAGGAGGAAUGAGUGUCCACAUUUAGACGGCACAUUAUGAGGACUUUAAUCUUUCCUUGAACACAAUAAUGUUUUCUUUUUCUUUUAUUCACAUGAUUUCUAAAUAUAUUUUUCACGCAGGACAGUUUUUUCAACCUUGAUGUACAGUGACUGUGUAAAAUUUUUCUUUCAGUGGCAACCUAUAAUCUUUAAAAUAUGGUGAGCAUCUUGUCUGUUUUGAAGGGGAUAUGACAAUAAACCUACCAGAUGGAAAAUCCUGUUAAAAGUAGAAAAGCUUUAGUAAUUUGCUCAGUGUGGUGGUUUUAUCCUUUUUCUUUUUCUCCCUUGGACUAUAAUGAAAUUGUUACAGCAGUGCAAAAUAAAAUCCUAUGUAUAAAA